CUAGCCAAUGGAUCAAUACUGAAAGUACUUGCACUAGCGCUACUCGCGAGCACGGCGCUGCUAUUACUAACGGUCUACCUCAACAACACAAGUCUCUCCUGUCAUAAAGAGCUAUACCACGAGUACAGCAUCCUGUACAGAAAGUUAUCGGUGGUCAGGUAUCCAGCGCUGAACAGAAUAUUGACCAGCGACUACUCUUUGAAAGACCUAUCAAAUGGUUGGUUGCAGGAAUAUGAAGCGUCUCAUGCUGUACAUGAGUGACAGUCUUACCAAUGUACACUCUGGAUUGGCCCUGGGUAGACUACAACAAGUUGCUAGUACGUUCCACGUUCUGUGUGCAGUGUACAAAGCUGUAUAGUGGCCAGAGAACCAGUAAAUGAAAACUAGAAGUGUCUACUCUGAAAUAAUGUUGUCUCUCUCUCCUUCAACGAACAUCAGCGAAUCUUUCAAGAAAUUGGGAAUUAAAGACACUUCACAAGAUAUUCUCCUAGUGGCACUGCAUUCAAAUGAGGCUGAUGCAAAGGCGUCUGAUUUAUUGGGCAUGAUUGAGGGUGACCUAACACCAUUGCAAGGCAUCCACUCGUGUAAUAAUACACAGAGUAUAAUCAAGGAGUACAAUAUUCCUUCUGAAGAGCUGAUCAUAAUUAUGCUCACUAGUGAACUGUGUAGUUACUAGGCUAGUCAUCAAACACGUUACCUAGGUCACCACAGUUAAUGUGUUAUUGUUUUUGUUUGAUCAUUAUCAAGAGUUCAUGAACUCUUGUCAUUAUCAACACCCACACAUUCUUUCUUUCCACUUCUCUAGAUCUAAUGGAUCUCUAUAAACUUGCUUAGUUACUAGUAGCCCAGAAUCCAGCAAUCUGAUUGGUCAGUACAGGGUUUAUAUUUCCCAUAUUAACCUGUAAAUUCUCAUAUAAACCUGUAAUUUUCAUGUUCACAACAACCAUUCAUUAUUAAUUUUUGUGUUUUUCAAACAUGUUUUUUGUAGAUUGUAUAAAAAACAAUGAGAAGUAACUGUUCUGUUUUUGGUAAUGACAAAAAAUUAUAA